AUAGCGAUUAUUAAAACCUCUUUGAUGUUGCAAAUAUAUUACGUUUUUAUAAUAACAAGCCAAUUUUGCUAAUCAUUUGGUAGUUCCAUGAUGGCACAUUGGAAAAAGGUUCCGCUUGCGAGUUUUGUGCUUACACGAGCAACCUUUGUAUAUAAUUUGCUGAGUAUCUACGUACAAAAUAUUUUCUGGGUACGCAAAUCAUGUAUAUCUUAAAACAUAAAUCUCAUCUUCGUAACAGAGUUUCACAAUGGACAAGUUUUCUGUUGUGACGGCAUUGCUGCUGAUUUCUACAAAUUUCUACAAAUCAUGAACAUUUCUAUUUUAUCCGACAAUCAUCUUGAUCGAAGUAAACAUCAAGUAAUCAAUAAUAUUACAUUAAUAAUUUUCCUUUUAAUAACGUCAUUAUAAUAUAACGCAUUUAGCACGUAACAGUUGUUAGUCCUGGUGAAAAUAAUUUUCUGUAAUCUCACUUAACCUUUCGACCGUAUUAUAGAUCAAAUGAUACUCUAACGUUUUCUCAGGAGUAGGAAGAAUUCAUAUACCACGCACUUCUCUUCGCUGAAUUUCCUCCAUUUCCAAACACAAUCCAGACGAUUAUGUUUGAAACGUAAAAUAUUGGCAUGGUGUUUGUACAAUUUAUUAUUUAUUUAGAUGUACCAUUAUGUACUUGUCAAUGUCCGUGUACAUAUGCAUCUGGAUGCCACAGAAACAGUAUGUUGUUGCACGCUUGGGUACAUUUUGCGGUGAUGAUGUUAAUAUUUGGUUAUUCGGAUGGAUCGUACAAGCAAAUUUUGCUUAGUUUCUACCAUCAAUCUGCUGUCAAGUUUUGUCAGCAGGUACUGUCGACCAAACACGAGGCUGAUGCGAAUACAGAGGACUAUGGAUCUGCCACGGUAUUCUGAUCGAAAGUGUUGCCAAUCUGCCGUCACUGCUAUUAAAAUUUGACAUAUUGAGCAUAUUAUCUGUUACAUCCUGGAAGAUGAUGUACGCAACAGACACUCGCACACUCGUGAGGCCCAAACGUACAUGCAGAUCUGCAGAACAGGUUAAGGACAGGAAGGACUCAUUUACUUCGUUGCAGAACGUUUGGUCAUCCUUUAUUUAGGUCAAAGAACUCAAUCUCUUUAUCUGGAAUAGGAGUGUUGAAAGGGGAUUUCUAGUUGAAAUAAUUGAAAGAAAAUGAAUGAAUAAAUGUAAUAAACUUAAUUAAAUUUAAGACGUUUUGAAUAAGGCAGUAUAUUAAUUAUGCUAAUCACAUAAUGUACUUAUAUAAUCUACGCUCGAGUUUCAUUUUGAGUUACGUAGUUCCAAAGUCUUUCGACCGUUUCAACCUGGUGGUUCAACGGACACGUUUGGUGAAGCGUCGUCGAGAGUCUGUUUCGGGCAGGUAUAUUUAAAUAUAUAUGAUAAGAUAAUGUUUAUAGUUUUCUGUUGGCUUCGAUGGACUCUAUUGUUUACCUAAUUUUUUCGAUUUUACCGAAUUUCUUACGGAUAAACGGCCAAUUAUGCUUCUAUUGUGAAAAGAAAAAAAGAAUUUUAUGCUACAAGCGUUGUCUGCAAGACGGAACAAUCUAAACAGGAUAACAGCAAGAGCGGAGCCGGUUUGUGGCUCAUUAAUCAAGAUGUUUUUGAUUUCUAAAGCCUCCCCCCUCCCAUCGCGAUGUACAGCAUCCGCAUUUCUUAUUAAUUUAUCUCGUCUUUCCAUGUUCAACACGUUCUCCCUGGACGAGUCAGAUGAUACGACCGGUCCCAUGCAUAUAUCGCGAUGUAUCCCACUACUGCUGCAGAACAUAUUUUCAGUACAAUAAAUACAGGUGUGCCGACGGGUUUUAACAGAGAACGAAUUUGACGGUGCCUCGGCAAAAUUCCGAGUUUCAAAAUGGACAAGUUCUCUGUUCUGACGACAUUGCUGCUGCAGCUGUUUCGUAUGUUGGUGGAAGUGUCCGGGCAAUCCCCGUGUCCUCAAUACUUUACAUAUAUAAAUGAUCCUUCGACAAACCAAGUAAUCGGACAAAUUAUGAUUCCGUCUCCGCCAAAAAAUGUCGAGCUCCUCUUGAAAGUGGGUUUAAGCAUCGCCGCUUCAUUACCUUCGAAAUAUGUUGGUCGACUGGAAUUGACUCAAUCAGAAGAAGAGUCGAUUAAGAUAGUAGAACAAGGUGGACCCUUGAUUUAUCACGUUCAUUUUCCUUUGAGUCAGCCGGUCCCGGUAUUAACUAGCAUAGGGCUCAAUGGUCAAGUUUAUUGCACAGGUCAUCGUGCGUUGGGAUCGAUCAUUACCUCCAUCGUACUACAGCACACCUUAUAUCCGCCACAGAUGUUAUCGAUUCAGAACGCCUCUCCCAAUGUUGAAUUGAAAAACACGGAAACUCAUCCAGGGGAUAUAUUAGGAAUACAGACGGUGAAACCGUUUGUCCCGAUACCGACGACUCAAUUGAGUAAUAGUCCUAUUGAAUCGGAGCAGAAACUCACUACGCCACGUCCAAUAACAACUACAAGAGUCGACUCUACUGAGAGUUCCAAAUUUAUUGAUAUUUCCAUAAAUUCUCAUAUUCCGAAAUGUUUCUUUCCCCUAUGUAAUCUCUUUAGCUCGAACGAUAGUACGUAAUUAUUGAUUUCAAAUUGUCAGCGAUUGACUGUCGAUCGUUAAAUGUAUACUUAUUACGUGAUACUGCGCUUUGCUAUAUAUCGAUAACGGGUAGAUUUGUUAUAAUCAUUAUACACUUUAGAUUGGAGUGAUGCGUGCAUGUAUUUCUCUUAAAUCGAUAAACGCUUUCAAUAUUCAUAAUUAGCAAGUAAGACUUCGGAACCCGAAUUCCUUUGAAAUGUUAUCUCUCUCUAAUUGCUGUUAAAUAUAAAAUCACAGAAAAUGCGAAUACCUAAUUAGAGUUUAGUGAAAAAUAUGGUGCUACAUUUUAUUUAGAAGAGGAUAAUAAUGUUUUACAGUGUAUAUAUAUAUCAAGAUUACAUUACAUAUCAAAUACAUGUAUCAAGAGUACAUUAGUUCUAAUGUACAAAGCAAAUCUACUUUUCAUGUCAUACUAAUCUCUGAAUCUCAGUUCUUUAAUAAUAUUCCUUCACUCCUCAAUCUUUAAACGUCAAACGAUUCCUUAUAGUAUGUUGUAAAAAAUAAUUAUAGUAAAAAUGGAAUUCGAACUUCCCAAGCUUGCUAGGUUGAGCGCCAUAUCAAUUUGGUCAUCGAGAUUUUGACGUUACUCAAUUCAACACAAAUGUUUAUAAACUUAUUUUAAAAAUGAAUAAACGCUUUUUUUCCUGAA